AUGCUGGGGCAAGGGUCCGCCAACAACCAGCAGCCCCGUUUUGCCACGCUGCCUGAGGACGAGUGGCACGUGACGCUCGUAACCAAGGACGAACUACGAGCACUGACUGCUGACGCUGUACAAGAAGCGACAGAAGAGUUAUCCACCCGCUGCUUCGCGAUCGGAUUGGGCGGGGGAGCAGGAGCGACUAAGGACCUGAAUCCAAGUGGAGUGUACUUUGUCGUCUGUGUGUGGCCCAAAGCUCAGGCCUUUCGAGCCAAGUACGGCCUCCCACUGAAGGAUUUCCACGUGUCCGUGUCGACUGCCAACCGCCACGAUAUCGACAAGACCAGUUACGCAUUGCUCGAUGAUAAUGGCCUGAAUCUGUUGGAGAAGUCAGCGAUGGAAGCAUUGAGUCGCCAAGUGAUGCUGGAACAGAAGCCCGAACGCGCCGUGGAGAUCGCUACGCUGUUGUGCACACGGUUUGGUGGCGAGAGUUCGCGUGGGUGGGUGCGGCUUGCUGAUGCAGCAUUACUUACAGGCCGCCCGAAGCUUGCAAUGCUCAGCUAUGCGCACUUGAUUAAUCGGAUGGUUAAUGGAACACUCGAAGACCAAGAAAGUGUUGGCCCCCCUGUACUUGUUCACUGUGGCGGAGGAAAAGGUCGCGCUGGCACGAUGAUUGCGUGCUACCUCGUGGCAUUCGGCUUCGCUCCCCCGCCAUCAGAGCUCUUACAGAGCAGCACUGAUUCAAACGAUCGGUGCUCAUUCCGCCGAGCGUUGGUCAAGCGUAGCAUCGCCUCACAUGCAGCGCCUAGUACGGUUCGAGCGAACAACGCUCUUUAUCAGCCUUGGAUAGAGAUUCACAGCGACGAAGUGGGUCGUAAAGGAUGCGAGAGGAGCCUUGGCCAGGGAAGUCUGCGUCGGGCCAUCCUUGAUCGCUGCAAUGGUGUCGCUGCAGAUCGGAAGAAGUUCUUGGGUCUAGCUGCCACUUGGAGCAAGCAUGCGACUGCGAUAGUGUUUGACAUCCCGACGAAGCUGUGCGAAGCGCGAGCUAUGCAGCGCGCCGACCACCCCACGUUGCCGCCUGGUCGUCGGGUAGGAUUCGCAAUCCGUCAGCACUCCAGCACUUUCGAGUACCCUGACCUGGCUGAAGGUUUCGAGACGAUAGUCCGCAUCACGUCCGUUGAGGCCGCGCUCGAGUUAGUGGAUAUGCUGUCGCCUCCGUUGCCUCUGCUCAAGUUCCCGCGAACGGCUCACCUCAUCGACCUGGGAGCCGCCACAAGCGACGACUUGGUCACGGACAUUGACUGCGUAUCUCUCCCGGCAGAUGAGAACACGACUAUCGUCAUUACCGAGAAGGUGGACGGCGCUAACAUGGGCAUCUCGCUGUCAGCGGACGGAGCUCUCGUCGUCCAGAACCGCUCGCAUGUCGUCAAUUCGGAGACGCACCGGCAGUUC